CGGAAGUGGUACGUCUCGGGCCGCCUUCUGGUCCAGGCGGGACUGCAGUGCCCGGGUCUGGCCUGGACGUCGGCCCUGGGAAGCUGAAUCUUCACCGUCCUCUACACUCUCCCAAGACCUACUGAAAAUGAACAUAUCUGAGAUUGAUGAGAAAUGUGCUUUCACAGACAUCAGUGUCAUUCAAGGACGUGACUGUGGAGUUUACCCUGGAGGAGUGGCAGUGUAUGAGCUCUGCUGAGAGGACCCUGUACAGAGAUGUGAUGCUGGAGAACUACAGCCACCUUGUCUCAUUGGGGUAUUAUUUUACAAAACCAGAUGUAAUCAUCAAGUUGGAGCAAGAUGAUCCAUUGUUAUUAGAGGAAGAAUUUCUAAACAAGAGCCAUGCAGACAGCAAACUUGAUAACCUCUUAGAGAAAAGUCUGGCAAAUCAAGGAAAAUACUUGCAGGAAGACUUUUUUGCUCAACUUCAGAAUAAAGACACAGUUGAGAAAACUUUCCGCCAGGAGUUACACUGCACAGAACAUCAAAGCACUCACUCAGAAAUAAAGACCUUUGAAAUUGGAGGAAACUUAAGCCCUGAUGCAGCCCUUACCAUUCCCCAGAAAUGUGACACAAAAGGGAGCUUCCGUCAUGAUACCAUAUUUUGGCAAACCUCGCCCGCUCAGUCUACCUUUAGUGUACAUCAGAGAACUCAAAUAAGGGUGAAACCCUAUGGAUGUAAAGAAUGUGGAAAAUCCUUCUCUAGGAAGUAUUACCUUAUUGGACAUCAGAGAACUCAUACUGGGGAGAGACCUUAUGCAUGUAAUGAAUGUGAGAAAACUUUUACCCACACAUCACACCUCAGAGAUCAUCAGAGAACUCAUACAGGGGAGAAACCGUAUGAAUGUAGUGAGUGCGGGAAAGCUUUUAGCCAUAAGUCAACCAUAAAAAGACAUCAGAGAAGUCACACAGGUGAGAAGCCCUAUGAGUGUAAUAAAUGUGGAAAAGUCUUCUAUACAAAGUUUCACCUCACUGAGCAUCAGAGUAGUCACACAGGGGCAAAACGCUAUGAAUGUAGUGAGUGUGGAAAAUCUAUCUGUAGGAAGUCAUACCUCGUUGUGCAUCAGAGAAUUCACACAGGGGAGAAACCCUAUGAAUGUAAUGAGUGUGGAAUACUUUUCUAUAGGAAGUCAUACCUCACUGGACAUCAGAGAACUCAUAGUGGGGAGAGACCUUAUGCAUGUAAUGAAUGUGAGAAAACUUUUACCCACAUGUCAAACCUCAGAGAACAUCAGAGAACUCAUACAGGGGAGAAACCUUAUGAAUGUAGUGAGUGUGGGAAAGCUUUUAGCCAUAAGUCAACCCUAAAAAGACAUCAGAGAAAUCACACAGGGGAGAAACCCUAUGAGUGUAAUAAAUGUGGAAAAUGUCUCUCUAGGAAGUCUCACCUCACUCGGCAUCAAAAUCACACAGAACAGAAACCUUAACAGUGUAGUAAGUGUGGAAAAUCCUUCUGUGAAAAUUCUCAUCUACCUCUGCAUCAGUGAAUUCACGGAGGAGAAACCCAAUGAAUGGGUUGAAUGUGAGAAAGCUUUAACUAGAUGCCAGUCCUAAAGAUUUCAGAGAACUCACACUGGGGAGAAAUCCUAUUAGUAAUGAACGUGAGAAAGUUUUCCCCUAUAAACUGAACCUCAGAGUACAUCAGACAGUCCCCACGUGGGAGAAACCUUAUCAACGUAGUAAACUUUAGAAAACUUAAAGCAGCAACCCAGGCCUAAGAACACAUCAGAGAAGUCACACGGGGAAAUCCCAUUAACAUGAUGAAUAUGGGAAAGCUUUUAGCCAGAAGUCAGGUCUUAGAACACAUCAGACUGAGAAACUCUAUGAAUGUAAUGGAUAUGGGGAAACUUUGACUGGAAGUGCAGCAUCAGAGAACUCAGGGGAAGAUCAAUGAAUAUAAUAAACCUGGAAAUUUUCUCUUCGAGAAAUCAACCAUCAAUCAACAAAACUCACAGAGAAAUCCCUCAUGUGCAUUGUGUGUGGAUAGUGUUUCAACCAGAUUUCAGCCCUCACUGGACAUUAGAGGACUCACACAAGAGGUAAAUCCUUGAAAUGAAUCACUUAUGAACAGUCUUUCCACCAGACUACCCAGUGGGUGUUCGAAAUUUACACAGGAAAAACAUCCUGUGAAGGUAAUGGAUGAGGAAAACUUUUUUCCCCAAAGACCACCUUCAAUUUAAUUGUACUGGAAUCCAACAUGAGGGUAGUGGGAAUUAUGCACUUUUUAUGUAAAAACUAUCAUUAUGUAAACAUGUUAGAGAAUACAUUUGGAUAGUUAAAAUACCUCAUGUUCCUAUUUUCUCUUACUGUCUUCUGGCCAGCGUAUAAAAGAUAUACAAUUGUUACUGAAUUGCCUCUUCAGGAAAGAAGCCAAACAAUGUUUUCUGCAAGACUUUUAUUGUCUCAGGGUCACCAGUGCAUUUAGUGUGAACAUUAUAUUCAUUAUGCAAAAGUCAUAUGCACAGUCGUUGGGAGAACAAAUCUGAUUCAAUUGAGUUGCUGUGAACAGUGGUACUCACUAUUUACCCUGUAAACAGAAAAAGGAGUUGUAUUUCCAUUCUCUUUUAGUUCAAAAUAUUUUAAAAUUAUCUGGGACUCUUUUGAUCUAAAUGUUAUUUAGAAGUGUAUUGUUCAGUCUGCAAAUGUUUUGAUAUUUCUGGCUGUUUUUUUAAUUAAUUCUAGCUUCAUUGUCUUUUGAAUUGUGCAUUAUGACCCACAAUGUUGUCUAUCUCAAUCAAAGUGCCAUCUGAGCUUAAAAAUGUGUAUUCUGCUGUUGUAGAAUAAAGUAUUCUAUAAAUGUUGAUUAGAUCCCAUUGAUUGAUGGUGCUGCUCAGUUCAACUGUGUCCUUGUUUCGACUGAUGGAUCCAUUAAGUACAAAUGGAAGUUUGUUGAAAUCUCAAACUAUAAUUGUUUUCAGUUCUUUUUUAAAAAAAUUAUUUAUUUUUGGUUGCUUUGGAUCUUUAUUGCUGCGCGUGGACUUUCUCUUGUUGCGGCAAGCAGGGGCUACUCAGCAUUGCGGUGCUCGGGCUUCUCUUGUUGCGAAGCAGGCUUAGUAGUUGUGGCGCAUGGGCUUAGUCACUCUGCGGCAUGUGGGAUCUUCCUGGAUCAGGGCUCAAACCCAUGUCCUCUGUACUGGCAGGCAGAUUCUUAACCACUGUGCCACCAGGGAAGUCCCAGUUCUUGCCUCCUAUUUUGAUCUGUUUUUAAACACAUACCCUUAAGGCUUGUUCUAUCUUCUGCUGAAUCUACCCCUUUACCAUUAUGUAAUGCUCCUCUUUAUUCCUGAUAAUUUUCCUUUUGUUAAUUCAGCUUUGUCUGAAAGUAAUAAAGCUACUGUAGUUUACUUUUGUUUUUUUUUUAAUGGCUUUUAAAAUUUUAUUUAUUUAUUUAUUUAUUUGGCUUAGUUGCGGCAUGCCAGACCCUUCGUUGCGGUGCGUGUUCUCUUCGUUGCGGUUCGCAGGCUUCUCUCUAGUUGUGGCACACAGGCUCCAGAGUAUGUGGGCUCAGUAGUUGCAGUGCGCAGGCUUAGUUGCCCUGUGGCAUGUGAGAUCGUAGUUCCCCAACCAGGGAUCGAACCCAUGUGCCCUGCAUUGGAAGGUGGAAUUUUAACCACUGGACCACCAGGAAUUCCCUUCAUCCCUUUACCUUUAAUAUAUCUUUUUACAUUCAAAGGGGUUUUGUAUAGAUAGCAUAUAUUUGGGUCUUUUUUUAAUCCACUCUGAGAUUGUUUUUUCAUUGGUAUAUUUAGAUAAUUCACAUAUAUCUGCCGUUUUAAAAUAUUUAUUCAUUGUACUUUUUCAUUCUUCUCUUUUUCUGCUGUGUGUAAAUUUUUUUUUUUUUUUUGCGGUACGUGGGCCUCUCACUGUUGUGGCCUCUCCCAUUGCAGAGCACAGGCUCCAGACACGCAGGCUCAGCAGCCAUGGUUCACGGGCCCAGCCGCUCCGCGGCAUGUGGCAUCUUCCUGGACCAGGGCAUGAACCAGUGUCCCCUGCAUCGGCAGGCGGACUCUCAACCACUGCGCCACCAGGGAAGCCCUGCCUUGUGUAAUUUUAACUGUGCAUUUUAUGUGAUUGCAUUUUCUUUCCUCUUGAUAUACCAAUUAUCAUUUUUAAAGCUUUAAUGGUUGCCCCAGAGUACACUAUACACUUAAAGGUAAUUCAGGUAGCUUUCAAAUAAUACUCUAUAUGCUGGAAGUUUGAACAGCAUAUUCCUAGAUAGUUUUAUUUAUAUAUGGCUUGGUAUCCCAUGGCUUCCUGGAUCUGUGGUGGGAGUCUGUCACUAAUUUUGAAAAACUCAGCCAUUAUUAUUUAAAAUAUUUCAUUUGUUUUUGCCUUCUUCUUCUGGUAUCCUCAUUAUACAUAUGUUGCUUCCUUUGUAAUUGUCCACACAUCCCUUGGGUGUUCUGUCUGGUUUUUUUUCCUUUUAUUCCUCUUGCAUUUCAAUUUGCUGUUUCCAUCUUGAAGUUCAUUGAUUGUUCCUCUGCUGUGUCCAGGCUACUUGGGAGCCCAUCAAAGGUAUUUUCAUUUCUGCUGUAGUGUUCUUUUUUUUUUUAUAAAUUUACUUUUUAUUUAUUUAUUUUUGGCUGCAUUGGGUCUUUGUUGCUGCUCACGGGCUUUCUCUAGUUGCGGUGAGCAGGGGCUACUCCUUGUUGCAGUGUGUGGGCUUCUCAUUGCAGUGGCUUCUCUUGUUGCAGAGCAUGGGCUCUAGGCAUGUGGGCUUCAGUAGUUGUGGCUCGUGGACUCUAGAGUGCAGGCUCAGUAGUUGUGGCACACUGGCUUAGUUGCUCUGCAGCAUGUAGGAUCUUCCUGGACCAGGGAUUGAACCUGUGUCCCUUGCUUUGGCAGGCGGAUUCCCAACCACUGAGCCACCAGGGAAAUCCCUGCUGUAGUGUUUUUAACUACUAACUUUUCCUUUAGGAUCUUUCCUAGAGGUUUUUUAAAAUAUAUAUAUAUUUAUUUAUUUUUAUUUAUUUAUUUAUUUUUGGCUGCAUCGGGUCUCAGUUGCGGCACGUGGGAUCUUUCAUUUCAGCGCAUGGGCUCUUUGUUGUGGUGUGCGGGCUUCUCUCUAGUUGUGACAUGUGGGUUUUCUCUUCUCUAGUUGUGGAGCAUAGGCUCCAGGGCGCAUGGGCUCUGUAGUUGUGGCGCGGGGGUUCCAUAACGCGUGGGCUCUCUAGUUUUCGGCAUGUGGGCUCUAGUUGAGGUGCAUGAGCUCAGUAGUUGUGGCACACAGGCUUAGUUGCCCUGCGGCAUGUGGGAUCUUAGUUCCCUGACCAAGGAUCGAACCCUCGUCCCCUGGUUGGAAGGAGGAUUCUUUACCACUGGACCACCAGGGAAGUCCCUUUCCUACAGUUUUAAUCUCUGUUCUCCUAAUGUCCAUUUGUAUUUGCGUGUCGUCCUUUUUUUUGCAAUAGAGCCUUUAGCCUAUUAAUCAUAUUUUAAAAUUCCAGUCUGAUAAUUCCAGAAUCUAUCAUAUUUAAGUCUGGUUCUCUUGCUUGCUUUGUCUCUACAUACUGUAUUUUUUCUUGUCUUGUAAUACAUUGUAAUUUUUGGCUGAAAGCCAGACAUAAUUUAUUGGGACUUCAGUGAGAGGGUUAUGUUUAUCUUGCUAGGGCUUAUGCUGGCAUGUUCACUGCAUGUUCACUGUUUGCUAUACCUGUAGGUGUCUAAAUCAAUUUCCUCUAAUAUGCUUGUUUUUCUGUUCUUGAUUGUCUUUGAGUUUCCCUAGAAUUUCCUCCUCAGAGUCUAAAUCUUGCAGUUCUUUCAGCUGUAAUCCUCUUUUAUGCAAGAAUCCUGUUAAUGAGUUGAUAGGUGUGGGGGGAGGGGAAGCAGUCUAUGAUUACAUAUCAGUCUUUUACUUGACCUGUGCCCCUGGGAUGUAUCCUUCUCAAGUGCUUCUCAGCUUUUUGUUUCCUGUAGGUGUGAGAAACAGGGAGGCUUGGAGUUGAGUGUUUUCCUUCCCCUACAUGAGUUAGAUUAACUCAGAGUAAUUUCUCUUAAGAACAGGCACAGAACAGUAUGCUCUGGAUAUAUUAAAAAUGGCUCCUUUUCCCCCCUCCCUGCUGGAAACACGAGGGGAUUUUUCUCUGACCGUCAUCAGGAGAACUUGGUGGGGCUCCUUGAGGUAAAACUCAUGAAUGUGUGGCAUUUCCCCUAAGAAUAGGCUCACGGGAGUUUCUAAAUCUCAAGCUAGUCCAUACUCAAGCUCCAGCAGUUUGAUUAUAUUUACCUACCAGUUUCUGGCUCUAGCAGCUUCUUCUCUUGGCAAGCUGUGUUUCUCUGUAUUCACCUCUUUUGGGGCAAUUGUUUUCCCAGUGACCUUGUUGCAGCAAGGGGGACCCCUUCUAGGGCCUGAGAGCGGGCUCUUGUCUAGCACUCGGAAAUGAAUUGUCCGAGGAGACGCACAGGCUGACAAAGCAAGAGACUUUAUUGGGAAGGGGCACCUGGGUGAAGCGCAGGAGGAUAAGGGAACCCAGGUGAACUGCUCUGCCAUGUGGCUCGCAGUCUCGGGUUUUAUGGCAAUAGGCUUAUCUUCCGGGUUGUCUCUGGCCAAACAUUCUGACUCAGGGCCCUUCCUGGUGACGUGUGCAUCGCUUAGCCCAGAUGGAUUCCAGUGAGGCGGAUUCUGGGAGGUUGGUAGGACAUAAUGGACUGGAGUCUCCUCUCUCCUUUUGACCUUUCCCUAAUUCUUCUGGUUGGUGGUAGCUUGUUAGCUCCAUGUUCCUUACCAGGAUCUCCUGUCAUAAAAUAACUCAUGCAAAUGGUUACUGUGGUGCCUGGCUAGGGUGGGCAGUUUUAAUCACUGUCUCCCCUAACUACCUCAGUUGUCUGAUCCAAGAAGUGUAGUUGUUCACUUUACUUGUUAGAUUUUCUUCAUUGUUGUGAAGAUGGGACUGACAAUUUCAAGGCUCUUCACAUGUUGGAGUGGAAACAUGAACAUACCGUCUCCUCGGUUUUUGAUAAUGCUGCUGGGCUUGAAUUAUCCCUGCUCUGAUGCACUUCCUCAAGGCAAAACUGAGGAGCUGUUCCAACUGCCUCUCCUUCCCAGGCUCCUUCAAAUGAGACCACUGAACUCAGCAACUUGAAGGCACUUUGCUGGAGGACCGACUCCACCCUGCUGAGAGCUGUUCCCGACUGAUGCUGCUGGAGCCUCUGUGGGAGCAGAAGGCAACUUCCCACUCUUGCUUGUCUCAAGACCCGUUGCUGGACCAGAGAGAUUGCUGCUGGUGCUGACACAUUUCUUUCUUAGACUUCUCCUUGGUGUGGUUCGUUAUCCCCUUUGAACGUUAACUAUUUUGACUAAUCUGUGAUGUGUGCUAAUUUUGUGCAAUAAACCAAGUGACUUGUUU